AACGGAAACCAGGAUGCUUCGACUCAUACUCCUUCUCGUGGCGGUGACCGCGGUCGUAGCGUAUCACAAUCCCAAUUACGCCGCAGGACGUUCCACUAUGGUUCAUCUUUUUGAGUGGAAGUGGGACGACAUUGCAGAUGAGUGCGAACGCUUCUUAGGUCCUAAUGGUUUUGGAGGUGUCCAGACAUCUCCGGCCAGUGAAAAUCUGAUAAUUAGGCCUUAUAAUCGUCCUUGGUGGGAGCGAUACCAGCCCAUAUCAUACCACCUGGUUACCCGCUCUGGUGAUGAACAACAGUUCGCCAACAUGGUCCGACGCUGCAAUAACGCUGGUGUACGGAUUUACGUAGACGCAAUCAUCAAUCACAUGACACAGACGUGGGAUGACAACGUCGGUACUGGUGGUAGCAUUGCUGAAUUUGAUACCUGGAGCUAUCCUGCUGUACCUUAUGAUCGUAACGAUUUCAACUAUCCUCAUUGUAAUAUUUAUGGGCACGAUUAUGGCUGCUGUCCAGAUAGGGUACGCAAUUGCGAACUUGGAAAUCUCAAAGAUUUGAAUCAAACUUCUGAAUAUGUACGCGAUCAAAUCGUUGGAUUCCUCAACCACAUGAUCGACCUAGGUGUUGCUGGUUUUAGAAUUGACGCCGCAAAACACAUGUGGCCCAGCGACCUUCAAAUUAUCUUCGACAGACUACACAACCUUAACACCGAUCAUGGUUUCCCAUCUGGCGCUCGUCCUUAUAUUUACCAAGAAGUCAUUGACUUUGGACAUGAAGCUGUUUCUCGGAAUGAAUACACUCCACUUGGUGAUGUGCAAGAGUUCAAAUUUGGUAUGGAACUCAGCAGAGCCUUUUUAGGUUAUAACCAAUUAAGGUGGUUGGUCAGCUGGGGACCUGAAUGGGACUUUUUGGAUUCCGAUCUUGCUAUGGUUUUUGUUGACAACCAUGACAACCAGAGAGGCCAUGGUUCUGGUGGUGACAUCCUUACCUACAAACGGGCUAAACAGUACAAGGGAGCUAUUGCAUUCAUGUUGGCUCAUCCUUAUGGUGAGCCUCAGAUGAUAAGCAGCUUUGAUUUCACUGACACUGAAGCUGGACCUCCGCAGGACAGCAACGAGAACAUCAUUUCCCCUUCAAUUAACUCUGACAAUUCCUGCGGUAACGGCUGGGUGUGUGAGCACCGCUGGCGGCAGAUCUACCAGAUGGUAACUUUCAGGAACGUCGCGGCUGGUCAAAGCAUUAACAACUGGUGGGAUAACGGUAGCAAUCAAAUCGCCUUCUGUCGAGGCAAUGCUGCUUUCAUCGCUUUUAAUAAUGAUGAAUGGGCUCUUAACCAAGGUCUCCAGACCUGUCUUCCAGCUGGUAGAUAUUGUGAUAUAAUUUCGGGCUCGAAAAAUGGAAAUUCAUGCACAGGCAAGACCAUUACAGUGGACAACGACGGCCUAGCUCAAAUCUCAAUUAGUCCUAUUGAGUUCGAUAUGAUACUCGCUAUCCAUAUAGGCGAACAGUCUCGGCUCUAAAAGAAGAUGAUUCAUCUGAAAGAAAUGAAGACUGGUGUUCCAUUGCUUUGUUGUCCAAAAUUACGCUUUAAUUACAAAACAAUAUAUUAUUUAAAUUAUAAACAAAAACUACUAUACUCAUUAUAA